AUGCCGCCGUUUGACGCGGGCGCGCUGCCGUCUGCUAAUGAACUGGCCGUCACCGCCGCCCCGUACCCCCACCACCGCCGCCGCCGCCACCACACCUACCAACCCCUUCACCCGUCGGUGCGGACGCCGAAUGAAAAAUCACCCAAGCGCUGCGUCGGCUCACGUGAACUGAAACGGCGAGCGCGGGGUUGGAGGUGUGGUGGACGUUCCGCUUCCAGGAGGCGGGAAACAAAGGCCGCCGCCGGCGGGGGCGUCCCGGCGCUGUCCGGCCCCCGAGACGGACGGGCGCGGGCCGCCAUACAUCAGGCCACCUAUCUGUCUGACAUCGUAAAGCAUCGCCGGCCGCCGCCGCCGCCCCCGCCCGCCCCCGCCCGCCCCCGCACGAUUCGUGUCCCGUCCCUAACUCCUCCCAGCGCCGCCGCCGCCGCCGCCGCCGCCGCGCUCUCUUUAUCUGUAAAUUGCACUUUCCCGGUGAAGCAGGACGCUCCGGUGGCGCGGAGGAGAGAAGCAGACAGCCCCGGAGGAGGGGCGGAGGGUGAGCCUGGGAACAGCAAGAGGGGGCUGACGGCCGCAGUGAUAGCUGCGCAAAACAGUCCUCUCCGCUCUGUCUGUGGGGGCGGCGGCGGUAGCGGGGGCGGCGGGGGCGGCGGCGGGCCGGGCCACGGCCUGUUUUGA